ACUAAUUUUCAUUUGUAACUUAAAAACAAUGUUUGUACAAUAGUGUUUUUUAUGCAAAAAUGAAAAAAACUAUCUUUUAAAUAAUUGUAAAAGGGCCCACGCGAUAAUACUUACACGUUAACCUCCUCCGUAAUGCUGACGUUGAUCCAGACAUUCGCCUCUACUCAACUUCGAUCUAGGUUAUUUCUCUGCAAUUCAAAGCUCAAGACAAUCUAACAUAAAGUCAAAAGAUAUUCCGAAAAAGUGUUUCUCGGCUAUAUUGGUGUUUGACGGGCAGGGUAAUGACCAUGUGAAUUUUAAUAAAGCUUUUAUGUGGGAAAUGGUUGAUAAUUGACAGGAGUCGAUAACACCCUAAUUUGCUCUGGUACACCAAAGUACUGGGGGUAUUAUCUCUAUCAUGUGUCAUGCAUUUAUACAGAAAAUACAGUUAUAUAUGUGACCAUGGUCUGUUUAGUCUGAAGGGUUCUGACUAUCUGUUCACGAUUUCAUUUCUGUCUUGUUCUUGGUUGUUAAUGGACCAAGACAAAAAUAGAACAGCAGAUAGACAGUGUCUGAUUCUUUGGACUAGGUCAGUUAUGAGUCAAUAACAGUUUAAUGGUACAAGUAUGUUCUCUCUAUUUACCAGAUAUAGCCACACAUUUUUCUCAAAGUUAACCAUGCAAGAUAUAGGAAUCCAUGUACUCCUGCAGUGAUUGUGACAACAAUAAUUGUCACUAGUUUUAUUGUGUUCAAUGUGUACAUAUAUUAGAAGUGACUACUCUGUUAGUGUUAAGAUUUUAGCACAUAUAUAUCCAUUUCAUUUACAUAUGGUGUCUCCCUGCUUGUAAUGGUAAAACCUUCCAUAUUUUAGAGUAAUUGUGAUCAGUAAUCAAAUUACAUUAAUAUUCAUUAUAGUAUGAUAAGUAUAUUGAUGAAAAAGUGUAAGAGAAAAGACAUAGAUAUUGGCUGCAUGUUUUAAGUGUUACUAACAGCUGACAAACUACUGGUAUAUUUACCAGGAGAGUUUUAGUAAGAGUCAUGAAACUUGUUGUGUGGCAUUGAUGGAAAUGUUGUGUCUAAUAAACCUCAUUCAUCAUUUUUACUGUUUGUAGAAUCAAGCUUUCAUAAGUUAGUCAGAAGAUCAAAACAGCAUGCAAAUGGCUGAUUCACAAGAAACUUCCAGUUCAGGAGUGAACUCCACAACUGUAAUCAAACAAGGUUACGUUGAAAUGAAGAGCAAGAAAAUGUUUGGAUCAAAGAAGAGACGGUGGCUAGCCUUGUUUAAGGCUUCUAGUAAGGGUCCUACUCGUCUCAUCAAAUACGAAAGUGAAUGGAAGGCUCGCCGAGAUGAACCCUUGUCUAUCACUAAUCUCAUAGAAAUCAACACCAUUGUAAGGAUGGGAGAUGGGGCUUUUGGCAUAGUGCUACAAAUGAAUGAUCACACAUCGAAACAGUUCAUGUGUAAAACAGAUGAAGAAGCCAAAGAAUGGUUGCACCUCUUACAAAGCCUACAUAUAUCUGCAAGACGGAGAGAUUCAAUGCCAGGUGGGAUAUUCCGGACUUAUCUAAUGCCGAGUUCAACGCUCAACUUCCAGGGUGAGUGUGUCAUGGAAAUCUCAACGACAAGAGUUACGUUGUUUGAGAAUGAGAGGAAGGCUUCCAAAAUAGUUGUUUGGCCCAUCAACCACAUACGUAGAUAUGGCUAUGACAAAAAGAACCAGAGACUCUUCGUUGAGGCUGGCAGCCGAUGUGAUACAGGGGAGGGUAUCUACCUGUUUACUUCAAUAGAAGGUCAGCUGAUCAACGAUUAUCUUCAUAAACAAGCUGUUGCAUAUGGACAGAAUACAUGACUUAAGUCAACACACAAAUGUUAUUUAUAGUGGUCACCUGUAUCAGACAAGUAUUUGACAUCAAGAUUUAUCUGAUGUCAAUACACUUUCCAUGAACAAGAUUAUAAUUUGACCAUAAGAUUUAUGCAUGUCAUUUAAAAUUUAUCUGACAAGAACAUUUGACAUUACAAUUUGUCUGUAAUUUCAUAUUUAUUUAACAAGAGUAUUUGAUAUAAAGAUUUAGUAUAUUUCAAUUCACUUUUAUCAAACAAGAGUAUAUAUAAUAGGACAUGAAGAUUUAUCCAUGUCACUUCACAUUUAUCUGACGAAAGUAAUUGACAUCAAGAUUUGUCUAUGUCAUUUCACAUUCAUUGAAAAAGAAUAUUUGAUAUUUAGAUUUGACAUGUGUAUUUUUACCCUCUUGAUAUUUUCUAUAGUUAGAGGACUUCUGCAAGAGUUGAUAUUUAAUUUUAUUCAUGAUGUUCAUCUUUCCUAUACUUCGGCCAUGAUU